ACUUCAGUCACACACACGCUUUCCGCUCGCUGAGAAACCAAGACUUCUACCACUGGACGACUGUAUCUUUUCUCUGGCUCGGAAUUCCUCGUACGACGGCCCUCGGGUAUACUGAGUACUGCGCCUGGAAGGAUCACCGACCUUAUCAGACCAUCAGAUAGUCUCCGCUCUGUUCCAUCUCUCAGAAGUAACCUAGCAGCUCCCACGACAUUCAAAGAUUGUCGCGCCAUACCAGACUGCUCCAUGCACCAAUAACAAGACGCCCUGAAUAGCAAGAGCGCAGAGAUGAUGGCGAACGUCAGCACGAGCUCCGCGCCGCCAAAUAGGACAAAAGGCUUAUCGCCACGAAUGGCCAAUCUCCUGACACAACCUUCGCAACAAGAAUUGGAAGCCGCACGGCAGCUGGUAGAACAUUCGCAAAGUACUACGACGACUACGCAGGCACCCGUGCAAGAGCCACAGCUGUCCCACGCGCCCUCCAAUCAGUCUCAGACUUCCACGGCCUUUCCCCAUGGAUAUCGCGAGGCAAACGAGUACGCGCAGCCUACACAAAGUUCGCCUGCAAUGUCCCUGGCGAGUGCCCCCAUUAUGCAACCGUCACGGACAUCACCAUCUGCUAUGAGUAAUAUUGGUACCCCAGGUGGCCAGAUGUGCAGCAAUUGCGGGACGACAAAAACACCCCUGUGGAGACGAUCGCCUGCUGGAGCAGUAAUUUGCAAUGCGUGUGGUCUUUAUUACAAAGCGCGAAAUCAGAUGCGGCCAGUAGGACUUAAACGUGGAGCUACCAGUGCCAAUCAAAACCCGGAAAUUCCAACUAAUGAUCGAGGGACAUCACCGUCUUCUGUACAAGGCGGCGCAACAUAUGUGUCGGCAGAUCAGAGUAUGCAUGGGACGUGCCCGGGUGGUGGACGUUGCAAUGGUACAGGAGGACAAGAUGCAUGUGCAGGAUGUCCAGCGUACAACAAUCGAGUUUCCAAAACUGCUCAAGUAGCCUUACGACAAGCCAGCGCGGAGCGAGGAGAGACAUCAUCAGCACCAACCGGAUCAGCGCACAUGCACACCGUCGUGCAAAACUACGUUUCACCAUCCCAGCAUUCACAAACAAACGUCGUCGUAGCAUGCCAAAAUUGCGGGACGACCAUCACACCCCUCUGGAGACGAGACGAACAAGGCCAUACAAUCUGCAACGCAUGCGGUCUGUACCACAAACUCCACGGAGCACACAGACCAGUGCAAAUGAAGAAAGCCGAAAUCAAAAGACGAAAACGUGUCGUUCCUGCCGUUUCAGGUCAACAACAUAUGCAGCAUCCAGGCAGUCCCUUUCCGGCCGACAACAUGAGCGAAGGCUCCGCCCCAUCAGAACGAGGUGGACCAUCAUCACUCCUCAAUACGCCUCUUCAACAACCCGAAAGCAGCCCCUUCGUUCAUGCAGUCUCGCAUGGCCCAGCGCCUAUACCGGUCGACUUCACAGAUGCGUUCAAACAGAGAAACGAUAUUGGGGAAAGCAAGAAACGAUCAUAUUCGGCCACUCAGGAUGAGCUCGCGCCGCGACUGCAGAAUUUGCCACCGAUUGAGAACAUUGAUCCCGCUUUGCCGAGAGCGAGUACUUCUGCUGCUGCGCCGGCGGGCCCUUCUUCUUCUGCGAAAGCAAAAGAGGAUCGACGCGCAGAGUUGAAGAGAGAAGCGGAGAGAAUGCGUGCGAUGCUCGAGGCGAAGGAAAGAGAAUUGGCGGAAUUGAGUGAUGACGGAUAAGCAAAAGUCAAAACGGGAAUGGGAGGUCACUCUGUGAAUUUCGAGGGAGGCAAAUCUGAAAGCGUUACAGCAAGAUUUGUUUCUGUAUCAUCUCUGGUGGGCAGAAUGUUAUC